AGGAGUAAAGAAAAGAUGAUGAGGAAAGCUCAGCUUUUAAAUCAGCAACAGGUUAAUGAAAAGAAAUUGUUUCACGGAACCUGCUCAGAAAACGUAGAGACAAUCUGUGAAAAGAACUUUCAUCUGCGUUUACAUAACAAGAACAAGAGGCCUAAGCUUGGCCAAGGAACCUACUUUGCAGUCAAUGCCGUAUCCAGCCACUCCUACGCGAAGAGAGAUUCUGAUUUGUUUCAGUAUAUGUUUUUGGCUAAAGUUCUCGUUGGCUACUAUACCAAAGGCCACCCCAGUUAUCAAAGCCCACCACCAAAGUACGACUCAUGCGUGGAUGACAAAUCAAAUCCGACUAUCUUUGUUGUGUUUGAUACCGAUCAGUUCUACCCAGAGUACGUCAUAAAGUAUUCGUCCCAAACAACCUCGGAGCAUUAUAGAGCACCCGGACAACCAAAACCAGCGCCCUUAUCAAAACCUCCAGGAUCUCAAACGUACCUGCUUCCCCAAAGAUCGAGUAAUAAUCUUCACGGAACAGCACCCAACACAAGCAAAACGGCUGUAAGAAGUGGUUAUUCCACAAGCACGUCUGGUACGGGGCCUGCUGCUAGAAACGCACCGAGAAGCGUAAACAGUCUUGGAACAGCGUCCAAGCCAAGUGGAUCUGCUGCCAGUAGUGAGCAUUCAAAAGUGCCCCAAACACAUUCUGUUUCUUAUAACUCUUCGAAACCGACAACGCCCAUGCCGAAGCCUCCAAGUACUCAAACAUAUCCGCAAGGAAUUGUGAAGCACCCGCCUAGUAGCUCAAAUAAUCCCGUGUCCACCCAGGCGAUUGUUUAUCCUGCACAAUUUAAGUCUUCAACCUCAGCUGUCUCUAAUUCAGGACUUGUUAAUGCAAACACGAGAACGAGCACAACGCUCAAUCCAAGCGGAUCUGCUGCACAAAGUGGGUAUCCAACAAUGUCCCAAGCACCGUCUGCCGCUAAUGGCAGUUCACCACAGCCUAGAAAAACAACCCGUACGAGGUCUCCAAACCCUCAAACCCAUCCUAAAGGAAUUCUGAAGCAUCAACCAAGCCCGAGUACUUUUCCUAUACAAAUUGGUUAUACAGCUUCAACUGCCUCUAGUUCAGGUCUUACCAGGGAAAACCCGAUAAGAAGUUCAAAUGAUCUUCGUACAGCGUCCAAUCCAAGCGGAUCUUUUGCACGAAGUGGUUGUUCUUCAAACGUGCGGUCUUGUACGAGUAGUCGUGGUUUUCAGACAGCAACCAAUUCAAACUUACGCCGCAAGAAAAAGAAAAAGUGUGUGCUGCAAUGACUGUUGGAGGUUAGAAAAAGUAAAAGCGUACACACUGUACGAAAACAAGUGUAAGUUUUUCAUAUGAUGCUUUACUGUAAGGUUUUUUGCCAUUUUAAUUGUACUUGUAAUCGGAUAGAAAAAAUAUUGUUAAAUCAGUUUAGUUCAAUAGUUCUCGUUGACAAAAAUUGAUCACAUGAUUUGAGUAAUUUUACCCUCAAGUUUUCUUGAUUAACUUGACUGAUGUCUCCACGAUGUAGCUAUCGUACUUUAAGAAAGACGGGAGGUAAAUCCUAAUAAAGCCGGGACGGUUUUAAUUCCUGGUUACGCGUUUCCUGGUUGUGACCAUUUUGAGGUUUUGCGUUUCAAUGAUAAUCAUCCUGCGCCCGUGUUUGUCAAAACGAAGACGUCCAUACUCGGAUUGUGACUAACUUUGUAUGAACUAUGCAUCAAGGGCGUAACUAAGGGGGGCUCCCGGGGUGCCCGUGACCCCCCCUUUUGAAAGCCUUUUUUAAACAAACAACCUACAACAGGUGACGAAAACGCUAUGACAGUCAUGACAAUCUGGUGAGUACCCUCACUUUGAUACAGUGUGGCCCCCUUUUGAAAAUUCCUGGUUACGCCCCUGUGUAUGCUCGUAUAACAAUAUUAAUAGUAGUUGAUAUAUCAUUAGUAGCGCAUAUAUUAGUUACUUGUAUUGUUUGUUGGAGCUGGCGCACAUUAGGAGCUACUAGGGGACAUGUCGUGGGGACGUUUUUGGAAAAAGUUCUGUUGCUGGCACAACUUUUAGUCCCCUCAACAUGUUGCAUGAAAUUCAACUGGUU